GACCACAAACAUCAUGAUCAUAAUCAUCUACUCGUAUUUUGCCCAUACAUCGGCAAGUCCACCACCAAUCAUCCAGUCUACACGUACAACCAAGAUGAAGCAGACCGUCGUGCUGUACCCGGGCGCCGGCGUCGGCCACUUCGGGUCCAUGACGGAGCUCGCCCACGUCUUCCUCAACCACGGCUACGACGUCACUAUGGUGCUCAUCGACCUGCCCGUCAAGUCCUCCGACUCGGGUGCCGCCGCCGUCGAACGCAUUGCCGCCGCCAACCCAUCCAUCUCCUUCCAUGUCCUCCCGUUCCUCCCAGUCCCGGACAUCGCCGCCUCCGGCAAGCACCCUUUCAUCCACCUGCUGCAACUGCUGGACGACUACAACGAGCUGCUCGAAGCCAUCCUCCGCUCCAUCCCCCGGGAACGCUUGCACUCCCUCGUCCUCGACAUGUUCUGCGUCGCCGCCAUCGACGUCUGCGCCAAGCUCGGCGUCCCGGUCUACACCUUCUUCGCCUCAGGCGCCUCGUUCCUCUCCGUCAUGACCCAGUUCCCGGCGCUGAUCGCCGGCAGGCAGACGGGCCUCAAGGACCUCGGCGACACGCCCCUCGAUUUCCUCGUUGUUCCGCCCAUGCCGGCGUCUCAUCUCGUCAGGGAGCUGCUCGAGCACCCGGAGGAGGAGAUGUGUAAGGCCAUCACCAACAUGUGGAAGCGCAACACGGAGACCAUGGGCGUUCUGGUGAACACGUACGAGUCGUUGGAGUGCCGGGCAGUGCAGUCGCUCAGGGACCCGCGCUGCGUCCCAGGCCGGACCCUGCCCCCGAUCUACUGCGUCGGGCCGUUGGUCGGCAACGGUGCGAAGGACGACGACGGCGAAGCAGCAGUGAGGAACGAGUGCCUCGCGUGGCUAGACGCGCAGCCGGAUCGCAGCGUCGUGUUCCUCUGCUUCGGGAGCAAGGGCACGCUCUCCGCAGACCAGCUCAAGGAGAUCGCGGUCGGCUUGGAGAGGUCCGGGCAGCGGUUCCUGUGGGUCGUGCGCACGCCGGCCGGGUGUGAUGACCCGAGAAAAAUCCUGGAGGUUCGCCCCGAGGCGAACCUCGACGCGCUCCUACCGGCGGGUUUCCAGGAGCAGACCAAGGACAGGGGGCUCGUGGUCAGGUCAUGGACCCCGCAGGUGGACGUUCUCUGCCACCCGGCGACCGGCGCGUUCGUGACGCACUGCGGGUGGAACUCGGUGCUGGAGGCCAUCGCGGCGGGAGUGCCGAUGCUCUGCUGGCCGCUGGAGGCGGAGCAGAAGAUGAACAAGGUGUGCAUGACGGCGGAGGACAUGGGAGUGGCGGUGGAGCUGGCGGGGUACGCGGAGGGCUUCGUCACGGCGGACGAGCUGGAGGCCAAGGUGAGGCUGGCGAUCGAGGCCGAGGACGGCGCGCAGCUCAGGAAGCGAUUGACGGCUCGCAGGGAGGAGGCGAAGGCGGCGCUGGGGGAAGGAGGCUCCUCGCGGGCGGCGUUCGUCCAGUUUCUCCUGGACGUGGAGAAUAUCGGGGUGCAGCGCGGCGAGUGACAAAUUCCCAGCCACUCUUGUACGUACUAGUACUUUGUUAUUUUUGUUUGACAACUUGACAUUAAGAACAUCUACAACCACACAUAAUAAAUUUGAGCCUCUAAACAUCUGUGAACGGCGGCUGUCCGCAUCAAUCCCCAUAUUUUACGCAUCACAACCACGCUACCCACUUGACGAGUGUCAAUUUUUAUACAAAAGCAUACGACCUCCAUGAUCUAGAAUUAGCAAACUACCACCUACUACUCGCCAUCGGAUAUGUCAAUGCCGUUCGUGCCGGAGCCGCCGGUCUCGUGGUAUUUUGCGGCCGGGCGAAGCGGCGACGCCUCCUCGUCAUUCUUCUCGGACGCAAAUGCCUUCUCAAGCUCCAUCUCCAUUUACACAUAAUUAACAACUUUUUCGAGAAGAUAAAUAAAAUUGUCGGCCCCGUCUCGCGCCAGCCCAACCUCCCUAUCCCGCGCCGACGGGCAAAGAAGCAUAGGAAAAGAAAAAGAGAAAGAAACUGAUGCGGAGCAUCUUAUGGACAUCACCAUGUCAAGAGUCUGUUCGGCGAGUGACACAUGCGACACCUACUUCACAUACACAAAGGUGAAUCAUUUCCUUUACACGUGCUCACUUGACACCUUUGAGGAUGGUAUACUACUUGACAAUCCACUCGUGUGCAUGCAUAGGUAUUGUCGGAACACUAAAGACGACGAGGAGGAGUGCAAGCGCCAAGGAACAACUACAUCAUCCACGAGGGAAGCCUGGAAGCGACGACGGAAGAAGACGGAGCUGCUGAAGCUACAGCGGCCGGACAUCCGGGCCAGAGGCCGGACAUCCGGCGCCAGUGCAGCCGCCAACAGUUGCACCAACAGACGGCCGAAGCAUCAGCGGCCGGACAUCCGGCCCAUGGACCCGGACAUCCGGCGCGACGCCACAGCCCGGACUUCCGGCUUUCCCCCGGAAAUCCGGCAUCAACAACAGGAGCCAACAGAAGGUCACCCCGCUCGAGCCGGACAUCCGGCCAACCGCCCUGGACAUCCGGCGUCUCACGAGAGCCCGGACAUCCGGCCCCCAGCCCGGACAUCCGACACCUGCCUGCGCGCAGAGUCGGGCCAGAGGACCAUGUAUCCCUUUCCCACUUACCCCUUCGUG